ACCCGCCAGGGCGGGCUUCCUCCCUCCCUCGCUCGCUCGCUUGCCCAACAGGCCGCUGCUGCCUGGCGGAGGAGGAUCCUCCCUCUUUCUGGCCUCGCUGGGCGUGGACGGAAAUUUCGCGCGCUGCUCCUUGAGCGCGAGAGGGGCGGGAGGCCGCGCUGGAGACCCAAAUCGAGCCCGCUUGGCGGUUCACUUCACACCCCGCCCUCUUCUCCUCCGCCCUCCUCUUCCGCCGCCAUGUCCCGCCAAAGCACACUCCUCAGUUUCUUCCCCAAGACGGUGGGCAAGGACGGCGAAAGCGGCGGCAGCAGCCACCACAACAGCCCCUCCAGCGACGCCGAGGGCUCCACCACGGCCUCGGCGAUGACCAAAGCCCACUGCAGCAGCGGAGGCGGAGCGAGGGCGCCGGUGCAGAGUGACAUCUAUGAAUAUUCACCUGGUGAUUUGGUUUGGGCCAAACUUGAAGGUCAUCCUUGGUGGCCAUGCCUUGUGUACGAGCAUCCAACAGAAAAAUCUAUUUUCCGGGGAAGAGGAAGAGCCUCUCGAAUCCACGUACAGUUUUUCGAUGAACCACCAUCGAGGGGUUGGGUUAGUGUUAGAUAUGUAAGACCGUAUACAGGCUCUACUGGUAGGGAUACCCAGAGGGGAGGUAUGUUUUACAGUUCAAGGCCUGAAAUUAAAAGAGCAAUGGAGCAGGCAGAUGCUGCUAUAAGAAAAGAGAAAAGUGAACGACUUGAACUGGCAGUGUGUGACAAACCUUCAGAAAGUGAGGAAGAAGAUGAAGAGACGGAGCAGGUGAGUGAUGAGGGUGAGGAUUUUGACACAUCAAAGGAAGUGAAAUCUAGAAAUAAAAGGGCAGCUGGGCAACAAAAACAUACUGGAAAAACCAAAAGAAGAAGAGUUGUCAUGGAUUCAGACAGUGAAAAUGGGGGUUCAGAUCAGGACUUUAAGCCAUAUGAAGUCAGCAGUGAUGAAAACAGCAUUGGAGCAGGUGACAGUGACACUUCUGAAUUUGACCCAGAAAGACCAGCUAAAGCUCCUCGUAAGAAAACACAGGAAAUUGUAAUCAAGCCUCCCCAGAAGGAAAACUUUAAAAACAACCUACCUGAAACUCCCAGAAGAGAGAUGAAUCUUUCUUCUGAAAUCAAGUGUAGGCUAACAUCUUUUGCAGCUCCUGACUUCUUUGAUUUUCGACUAAGCAUGAAUGGAGGAGGGGGAGGAGGAGACCAUCCAACUGUGUGGGAGCAUGAUAAAAUUGAAUGGCUCCAGGAUGGUAAAAGGAAAGAUGGCCGUAGGAGACGGCAAAAUGAUCCAGAUUAUGAUCCAAGUACUAUUUUUGUGCCAGAGGACUACCUUAAAAACUGCACCCCAGGAAUGCGGAAGUGGUGGGAAAUCAAGAGUCAGAAUUUUGAUUCUGUGAUUUGCUAUAAAGUUGGUAAAUUCUAUGAGUUGUACCACAUGGAUGCAGUUGUUGCAGUUAACAAGCUGGGACUGGAGUUCAUGAAAGGUACUUGGGCCCAUGCAGGCUUCCCAGAAAUCGCCUUUGACAAAUUCUCUAAUGUCUUAAUCCAGAAAGGUUACAAAGUUGUCCGUGUUGAGCAGGUGGAGACUCCUGAGAUGAUGGAUGCACGCUGCAAGACCUUGGCUCACCCAACAAAAUUUGACAGAGUUGUGCGCCGAGAAGUAUGUAGGGUAAUUUCAAAAGGGACACAAACUUACGGUAUUCUGGAUGCUGACUUUUCGGAGACCCACAACAGAUACCUCCUCUGCAUAAAAGAGAAAGUCGACGAUUCUACUGGUCUCCUUCGUACUUAUGGGGUAUGCUUCAUUGACACAACAGUGGGGAAGUUCCAUGUUGGUCAGUUCCUGGAUGACCGCCACUGCUCAAGGCUUCGAACUCUUUUGGCUCAUUACCCUCCCGUGCAGAUUCUUUUUGAGCGGGGGAACCCCUCUGCAGAAACACAAAAGAUAUUCAAAGGCUUACUGCCGUCUACUGUGCAAGAGGGCUUGAUUGCUGGCUCUCAGUUCUGGAAUGCAUCCAGAACACUAAAAACUCUCCUUGAAGAAGACUACUUCCAGGACAAGAAGAAUGCAAGUGGUAGUCAUAUUCUACCCCCAGUAAUCAGAUCCAUGACAGCAGAAAGUGACUCUCUGGGACUAACUCCUGGGGAGAACAGUGAGCUUGUGCUCUCUGCUCUUGGUGGAUGUGUUUUCUACCUUAGAAAAUGUAUUAUUGAUCAGGAGCUUUUAUCACUGGCAAAAUUUGAAGAAUAUGUCCCUGUGGAUGUUGAUGUUGCAAAAGGAACAGGGUCAAGUAGCACCUUUGCUAAAACUAGCCAGCGGAUGGUGCUGGAUGGGGUGACUCUAGCAAAUCUGGAAGUCCUACAGAAUGGAACCACUGGUUCAAUGGAAGGCACAUUGCUGGAAAAGAUUGACACUUGUUGUACACCCUUUGGCAGGAGACUCUUGAAACAGUGGAUCUGUGCACCAUUGUGCAAUCCUUCCGCUAUCAAUGACCGCCUGGAUGCAGUUGAAGACCUCUUAAAUGAGGCUGCCAAAAUGUCUGAAAUCCGUGACCUUCUGAAAAAACUCCCGGACCUUGAAAGACUCUUGAGCAAAAUCCACAGUAUUGGUUCAUCCCUUAAGAAUCAGAACCAUCCAGACAACAGGGCUAUUUUUUAUGAGGAGCCCAGGUACAGCAAGAAGAAGAUCAUAGACUUCUUGUCUGCACUUGAAGGAUUUAAAGUAGCAGCUGAAAUUAUCUCAAUUUUGGAAGACCUUGUGGAUAACUUUAAAUCCAAAACACUUAAGCAAAUAGCAACAACUAAAUCUAAAGAUAAUACUGGCUGUUUCCCAGACUUGGAAGCAGAAUUGAAAAGGUGGGAUGCUGCUUUUGAUCAUGACGUUGCACGGAAGAAUGGUGUGGUUAAUCCAAAGACUGGGUUUGAUGCGGAUUAUGAUAAAGCUCUUGAGGAUAUAAGUGAUGUCGAGGAGCGCCUUCGUCAGUAUUUGGAAGUUCAGCGUGAACGAUUAGGCUGCAAAGCCAUGAUGUAUUGGGGAGCAGGCAGAAAUCGAUAUCAGAUGGAGAUUUCAGAGACUGCAGUGCCCCGGGACUUGCCUGAUGAAUAUGUGAUGAAGUCUAGUAGAAAGGGUUACAAGCGCUACUGGACCAAAGAUAUAGAGGAUAUGUUGAAUGAGAUCACUGGCGCUGAAGAGCGAAAGGAUGCAGCUCAGAGAGACUGUAUGAAAAGGUUAUUCUACAACUUUGAUAAGAACAGCAAAGACUGGCAAGCCGCAGUAGAAUGCAUCGCAGUGUUGGAUGUCUUGCUGUGCCUCGCACGCUAUAGUCAGGAAUGCGAUGGACCAUUGUGCCGACCUGAAAUUGUGCUGCCGGAGAAGAACACUCCACCCUUUCUGGAGCUCAGACGUUCAUGCCAUCCAUGCAUUACGAAAACUUUAUUCAGCGAUGACUUCAUCCCUAACGAUAUCCUGAUAGGUCCUCUAGGUGAAAUGACAGACUCCCAGAUGAAGGCUUGCUGUGUUCUAGUGACUGGCCCAAACAUGGGAGGAAAAUCUACACUCCUGAGACAGGCUGGCCUCUCAGUGGUAAUGGCCCAGCUGGGAUGCUAUGUUCCUGCUGAAUCUUUCAGGUUUACUCCUGUUGACAGAGUAUUUACCAGACUAGGGGCUUCGGAUAGAAUUAUGUCAGGGGAGAGUACGUUUUUUGUUGAGCUGAGCGAGACUUCAAGUAUACUUCAGCAUGCAACAGAACAUUCCCUUGUUCUUAUGGAUGAACUAGGAAGAGGACGCCACAUGAAUGAACUUGGGGAAAAACCUAGUCUUGGAUUCAGGUAAAUACACAGCUAGCAUGUCAGCAGUUGUAGCACUCCUGAACCACCAUCACCUUUAGAGGGGUGUGUCUGUUUGCUUUACCACAAACUAUAGGUUUUCCUAUCUGGUGACUGGAAGCACAGCCUUUCAUAUCUGCAUUCACCACAACGCUCUUCUGAUAUCUUCAUACUUAAUUAUUCUUUGGUAGCCUAAUAGGAAUGUGUUUCAGAAUUCUUUCAGACUUCCUUCCACCACCUGAAAAUCUCACUUCUAACUGGGGAAACUGGGUCAGUAGUCUUGAGUGCAGUUUAUGGAGAUCAAGGAGCAGCAGUGUCACACGAAUCAUCUUCCAGGGUUUUUAAGAGUUGCUCAGCUACAUGCCAGUUUCAGUCACUGUGGUGAAGGAGUCUUGUUGCAGCCAUACAAAUUCCUUCAGUAGGUUUGUGGGAACCUUUAGUAUCUGAGUUUGGUAAUAUUUUUUUUUAAUGUUGCUGCUCCUGUCUAAAAUUGAAGGUCUUGUACAAGCUUGUACUUUGUUUCAGGCUGUAUGGGGAAGAUCCCAUAACUGCAUUUUAAUUUAGGUCUUAAGGGAAGUUCUUGAGCUUUGUUGUGUUUGGCUUGACUACUCUAAAAUUGUAAGGAAGAUACUUGAAAAUGUCCAUUUUCAUCAAGGAUUGAACUGCCACACAGUGGAUCUGUUGCCACAACCUUCCUUGCAUUUACCCAGCUCUCAUU